GCCCAAUUGGUUCAGCAACAACUGUAGUAGAAAGUUAGAAAGUAAACCCAGAUACAAGAGAAAGGAAAUAACAAGUAAAUAAUGUGGAAAUCCAUUUUAGGAGGAGACGAUGAUGAAGAAAGAAAUGAACGCUUCUUCGACGAUCAAACAACCGAUGAUGAUGAUCUUUGUGCUCUCUCUUACACCCAGAGAAUGUACGGGUUUGCUGCUUGUCUACUUGGCGGAUUUCUCUUCAUAUUCUUGUCAAUGAUCGUGUUCGUAAAGGCCAUCAAGUUUGCCCUACUGUUUACUUUUGGGAAUGUGAUGGCUGUUGGAAGUACAGCCUUCCUCAUUGGACCAGCUGAGCAAUUAAGAAAGAUGUUUGAUCCUGUUCGUCUUUAUGCAACUGCAGUCUACCUGGGAUGUGUAGUUUUGGCACUAAUUUGUGCUAUUUUGAUCCACAGCAAGAUUUUAACUAUGUUUGCUAUGAUAUGCGAGAUAUGUGCUCUCAUUUGGUACAGUCUAAGCUACAUUCCUUUCGCCAGAAGAGUAGUUUCUGAUGUGAUGAUCCGCCUCUUCGACACUGAAAUUGAAUUUUAGAAGUGUCAUGGUUUUAUCACCUUUCUCCACUCAAUUCACGAUUAUUCUUGGCUCUUUCAGUUAUUCUGUUGUGAUAACUGUUUCAAGCAGGUUCAUACAGUUCCUCUUAUAGCCAAUUUGCACUUUGCACUUUACUUUAAUUCCUCGUGUGCAGUUUCCCAAUUUUCCUGUAAAUUACCCUCGAACCUUUUUUCUUGCUGGACUCGGAAGGAAAAGUUCCGACUAAUCAAUCAAGCUAACAAAUGUCCUUGUUUGCUGUAUUGAAAUUGACCACUUACCCCUACACCUAGAUUCUUAUGAUGUUGAUUCUCAACAACCUUAAUUCAGCCUUCACCACCUACCCCAAAAUGUAUACCUGUGCUACCAAAAAGUUUUACUUGUAUUAUUUUUGUACAAAUGCUGUUUUUUAUGGGCAUUACUCUGAUUGGCUGUGCUCGUUCCGAAUUCUUUGGAAUAAUAAUGUAUGCGUGCGGUAAUUGCUUGUGUAUUAAACAAAAGCUUUCCAGCUUUGAAUUCUAGUGUGGUUGAUGUUGAUUUCUCUA